AUGUUGCGUUUCCAGCGAUUUGCAUCUUCGUAUGCACAAGUACAGGCAGUUAGAAAAUAUCCAGUUGGUGGUGUAUUCCAUGGUUAUGAAGUAAGAAGAAUACUACCGGUUCCGGAGCUGAGACUCACCGCGGUAGAUCUAGUACACUCCCAAACAGGGGCUGAACAUUUGCAUAUUGAUAGAGAUGAUAAGAAUAAUGUAUUCAGCAUCGCGUUUAAAACCAACCCUCCCGAUGCUACUGGUGUUCCUCAUAUCCUAGAGCAUACGACGUUGUGUGGGUCUGUUAAAUAUCCAGUUAGGGAUCCUUUUUUUAAAAUGCUGAAUAAAUCUUUAGCUAAUUUCAUGAACGCUAUGACAGGUCCUGAUUAUACAUUUUUUCCCUUUUCUACUACCAACCCUCAAGAUUUCGCUAAUUUAAGAGGUGUUUAUCUAGAUUCCACUUUGAAUCCGUUACUCAAACAAGAAGAUUUUGAUCAAGAGGGUUGGAGAUUGGAGCAUAAAAACAUUACAGACCCAGAAAGCAACAUUGUUUUCAAAGGUGUGGUUUAUAAUGAAAUGAAAGGACAAAUAUCUAAUGCCAAUUAUUAUUUCUGGAGCAAAUUUCAACAGUCCAUUUAUCCUUCCCUGAAUAACUCUGGCGGAGAUCCUAUGAAAAUUACAGACCUGAAAUACAGCGAUCUCUUGGAUUUUCACCACAGAAAUUAUCAUCCCUCUAACGCAAAAACUUUCACAUAUGGUAAUUUACCAUUGGUAGAUACCCUGAAAUACUUAAAUGAGCAGUUCGCUGGUUACGGAAAGAGAGCACGUAAGGAUAAGUUAUUACUGCCUAUUGAUUUAAACAAAGACAUAGAUGUCAAGUUACCGGGUCAAAUAGAUACAAUGCUUCCACCAGAAAAGCAGACAAAAGCCUCGAUGACGUGGAUAUGUGGAGUACCACAGGACGCAUAUAAUACUUUCUUGCUAAAAGUGCUGGGGAAUUUAUUAAUGGAUGGCCAUUCUUCUGUAAUGUACCAAAAAAUAAUAGAAUCAGGAAUUGGUUUGGAAUUCUCCGUAAAUUCAGGCGUUGAACCAACUACAGCAGUAAAUUUGCUAACCGUGGGUACCCAGGGAGUGAAUGAUAUUCAAAUAUUUAAAGACACUGUAAACAAUAUUUUCGAAGAGUUGUUAAAAACAAAACAUCCGUUUGACCGUAAACGUAUCGAUGCCAUAAUUGAACAAUUGGAAUUAUCCAAGAAAGAUCAAAAGGCAGAUUUUGGACUUCAAUUACUCUAUUCCAUACUACCUGGUUGGACAAACAAAAUCGAUCCCUUUGAGAGCUUACUGUUUGAGGAGGUUUUGCAAAGAUUCAGAGAUGACUUAGAAACGAAAGGCGAUACUUUAUUUCAAGAUUUAAUCCGCAAAUAUAUUAUUGAUAAGCCGUGCUUCACAUUUUCCGUUCAAGGAUCUGAAGAUUUUUCUAAGUCUUUGGAAGAUGAAGAACAAGUGAGAUUGAGGAAAAAAAUUACUUCCCUAGAUGAACAAGAUAAGAAAAACAUCUUUAAACGUGGUAUACUAUUACAAGAGAAACAAAACGAAAAAGAAGAUCUAUCGUGUCUGCCCACCUUACAAAUAAAAGAUAUCCCAAGGGCCGGCGAUAGAUAUUCAAUUGAAAAGAAGAAUAUUACAAUGUCCAGGAUUACUGACACCAAUGGUAUCACAUAUAUCAGAGGUAAACGUCUACUAAAUGACAUAAUUCCGUAUGAGCUCUUCCCGUACUUACCUCUGUUUGCUGAAUCGUUAACUAACCUAGGGACGACAACAGAACCUUUCAGUGAAAUAGAGAAUCAGAUAAAACUAUAUACGGGCGGCAUAUCGACACAUGUGGAGGUUACAUCCGAUCCUAACACCACUGAACCUCAUCUGAUUUUUGCGUUUGACGGGUGGUCUUUAAAUUCGAAGAGCAAUCACAUUUUUGAGUUCUGGUCUAAAAUCUUGCUAGAAACUGAUUUCCAUAAAAACAGUGAUAAAUUAAAAGUUCUCAUUCGCCUGUUAGCAUCUUCUAACACAUCUUCUGUGGCAGAUUCCGGUCAUGCAUUUGCAAGAGGUUAUUCUGCCGCUCAUUAUAGAUCAAGUAGAGCUAUAAAUGAAACUCUGAAUGGUAUUGAACAACUAAACUUUAUAAAUAAAUUGCACAACUUACUAGAUAAUGAAGAAACUUUCCAAAGAGAAGUUGUUGACAAGCUGACUGAAUUGCAAAAGUACAUUGUUGAUGCCAAUAACAUGAAGUUUUUUAUAACUUCCGACUCUGAUGUUCAAGCGAAAACAGUAGAAAGUCAGAUUUCAAAAUUCAUGGAAAGACUACCUCAUGGGAGCAGCUCGCUUAAUGGACCAAAGACGUCUGAUUAUCCUCUUAUUGAAUCCAAACAUAAACCUACUUUGAUCAAAUUCCCUUUUCAGGUUCAUUACACAUCCCAAGCUUUAUUGGGUGUGCCGUACACACAUAAAGAUGGCGCUGCAUUGCAAGUUAUGUCAAACCUUCUGACUUUCAAACACUUACACAGAGAAGUCAGAGAAAAGGGUGGUGCUUAUGGUGGCGGUGCUUCCUAUAGCGCCUUAGCGGGUGUCUUUAGUUUUUAUUCCUACAGAGAUCCUCAGCCAUUGAACAGCUUAGAAACUUUCAAGAAUAGCGGACAGUAUGUACUGAACGAUGCCAAGUGGGGUGUCACUGACCUUGAUGAAGCUAAACUGACAAUAUUUCAGCAAGUAGAUGCACCUACAAGUCCUAAAGGAGAGGGUGUGACGUACUUUAUGUCCGAUGUUACAGACGAUAUGAAGCAAGUAAGAAGGGAGCAACUUUUAGACGUAUCCCUUUUGGACGUUCAUAGAGUCGCCGAAAAGUAUCUAUUAAACAAAGAAGGGGUGAGUACAGUGAUUGGACCUGGAAUUGACGGUAAGACUGUCUCACCAAAUUGGGAGGUCAAGGAACUGUAG